UGAGUUAAUCAGGAAAAAGAAGCGAACCGCGCCCGCAGCUUUGAGUUGCAUUCACGAACGCAAACAACACAAACGGCGGAAUAUCUUAAAAUAGCUUAAACCGCAGUGAGAGGUCGUGGUUCUGUUAGGUUUCUGUCGUUUUUUGGCCGUGUAUUUGCUGCACAUGCGGGAAGUGGAUGUGAAUAUUUGACUUACUGCGCUACUGAGCCUACUUGUUUACAAACAGUCCUGAUUCAACCGAGGAUGGCUUCACGUGGAAAGUCAGAAACUGGCAAGUUAAGACAAAAUAUGGAGGAGCAACUUGACAGACUGAUGCAGCAGCUUCAGGAUUUGGAAGAAUGCAGAGAAGAGCUGGACGAGGAAGAAUAUGAGGAGACAAAGAAGGAGACAUUAGAGCAGCUGAGUGAAUUCAAUGACUCUCUGAAGAAGGUCAUGACAGGAGACAUGACUCUUGUGGAUGAGCUGAGUGGAAUGCAGCUGGCGAUCCAAGCUGCCAUCAGUCAAGCCUUCAAGACUCCAGAGGUGAUCCGACUGUUUGCUAAGAAGCAGCCAGGACAACUCAGAACCAGACUAGCAGAGAUGGACCGAGACGUCAUGGUGGGGAAGCUGUCUAAGGAUGUGUACACGCAGCAGAAGAUGGAGGUUCUCACAGCUCUGAGAAAGCUGGGGGAGAAGCUAACAACGGAGGACGAGACUUUCCUUGCAGAAAAUACGACAGCCACUCUGAGCCAGUUUGAAAAAGUGUCGACAGGCGGUACUGCAUCAAAAAGCGACAUCAGUGUGUAAAGGAUAUCACCACAUGGGCUCAGGAACACCUCAGGAAACCACCGUCAGUCACUACAGUUUGUCGCUACAUCUGUAAGUGCAAGUUAAAACUACUAUGCAAAGCCAAAGCCAUUUAUCAACGACACCCAGAAACGCCGCCGGCUUCGCUGGGCCCGAGAUCAUCUAAGAUGGACUGAUGCAAAGUGGAAAAGUGUUCUGUGGUCUGACGAGUUCACAUUUCAAAUUGUUUUUUGGAAAGGGUGAACAUCGUGUCCUCCGGACCAAAGAGGAAACGAACCAUCUGGACUGUUCUAGGCGCAAAGUUGAAAAGCCAGCAUCUGUGAUGGUAUGGGGGUGCAUUAGUGCCUAAGGCAUGGGUAACUUACACAUCUGUGAAGGCACCAUUAAUGCUGAAAGGUACAUACAGGCUGAGCUUGGAUGACAACAUAUGUGUUGUCAUCCAAGCAACGUUAUCAUGGACGACCCUGCUUAUUUCAGCGAGACAAUUCCAAGUCACUUGUUACAACAGCGUGGCUUCAUAGUAAAAGAGUGCGGGUACUAGACUGGCUUGCCAGUAGUCCAGACCUGUCUCCCUUUGAAAAUGUGUGGCGCAUUAUGAAGCCUAAAAUACCACAAAGGAGACACCGGACUGUUGAACAACUUAAGCUCUACAUAAAACAAGAAUGGGAAAGAAUUCCACCUGAAAAGCUUAAAAAAUGUGUCUCCUCAGUUCCCAAAGGUUUAUUGAGUGUUGUUAAAAGAAAAGGUGAUGAAACACAGUGGUGAACAUGCCCUUUCCCAACUACUUUGGCACGUGUUGCAGCCAUGAAAUUCUAAGUUAAUUAUUAUAUGCAAAAAAAAUAAUACAGUUUAUGAGUUUGAACAUCAAAUAUCUUGUCUUUGUAGUGCAUUCAACUGAAUAUGGGUUGAAAAGGAUUUGCAAAUCAUUGUAUUCCGUUUAUAUUUACAUCUAACACAAUUUUCCAACUCAUAUGGAAACGGGGUUUGUACUUUAAUCAAAUGAUUAUUUGGCGUAACACUGGAUGGCGCCCGCAUACCACAAGUAGUACAUGUACCACAUUUUGAGAAUCCAAGCUAUACACAAACAUGGAAUUGUUUUUACAAACCCUGUCAUAUUGAGAUAAAUUGAUGGGUCAAAUGAUACUGAAGCUUCGAUACAUUAUAUGACCUAUUUUAUCUUUUUGAGAAUAUUGGACACAGUGUGUUGUCAAGCUUAUGAGAUGCGUUGCAAGUGUAAGCCACUGUGACACUAUUGUUCUUUUUAAUUAUUUAUAAAUGUCUAAUGAUAAUGUCAAUGAAGGAUAUUUAAUCACUGCUAUGCUGAAAUUAUAACUAAUAUUGAUACUGUUAUUGAUAAUAUUAAUUUUUCUUUCACUACUUUUGGUUUGUUCUGUGUUGUGUUUGUGUCUCCCUCAAUUGCUCUGUUUAUUGCAGUUCUGAGUGUUGCUGGGUCAGGUUUGGUUUUGGAAUUGGAUUGCAUUGUUAUGGUAUUGCUGUGUAUUGUUUUGUUGGAUUGAUAAAAAAAAAAAAAUAAAAAAAAAUAAUUGAUUCUAAA